AUGGACUUGGAAGACCGGAGGAUAUUACGCGGUCGUAACGAGACUGCGCCAAAGACCGAAAUAAUAUGUCACGACGACGAUAGAAAAAACAACCGUCACAAAGCGAAGACGUACAAUCGCCAUCGUCAUCAUCGAAAGACUACCACGGGAAAGUCACUGUGAGUUUUUCCAUUUAAAUUGUAUUAUAUUGUUUCGUAAUUCAUAUAGACGAAGAAAAAAAAUACCAAAUUUACGAAUUGUGUAACCCCUUAAAACUGUUAAAAGUGGUUGCGUAUUUAUUAUCUCCCACUCCUUUGCCAUUCUUUUUGCGUUAUAAUGAGUUUAGUUUUUCAAAUUCAAAUAUUGCUUUACUUUUUAAUACAAAAAAUCAAACAUGACGUAAUUGUACUUAUAGUUAAUUCAUCAAAAACAUGAACCUACAAGGCUAAAAUACUAUUUUUUAUUUAAAACGAAACCUAUUGGAACCACUAUAUUUGAAAAGGUUAGAUACCAACUUAAUACCUAUAAGUUAUUUGGUUAAAAUGAUAAUUUUAGUCUUUAUUAUGGCAGAUCGAUUUAUAAACUACUAUAAAAUAUGUAAAUUAAAAACUGAUCUGAUUUUGAGCCUAUAGGCUAUAAUAGGUAAACGUUAUACCAAUACAAUAAAAUACAAUUUCCAUUACUCUUUCCUUGGGAAACUCGUACAUAUGCCACAUGCCUGAAAGUUAUAAUAUUUUUAAAUUUGUUCAAGGAAAAAAUUAUAAAUAUUCUAUUGUUGCGUAACGUUAAUUUACAUAUAUAUGUGUGUAUAAAAUAUCGUUGAAAAAAGUACAAUUUCUUUUUAAAAUUAUUGUAUAAUUUACUGAACAUACACACGUGUACAUAUUGAUUUAACAGAGUCGGGUGACUUUCUGUUCUAGUUAUGACUAACUAUAUAAUAUACGACCUUAUGAAAAUUUUAUUAUAACCAAUAAAUUAUACCUACUGCUAUGACGUACCUACCUAUAAUUUCAUUUUGCUUUAAAAUAUACAGUUCUAUAAGAACACAUUUUUGAAUUUCGAGAAAAUUAUCGACUACGUAGGUAUUUAAAUCGUGGUUGUUUCGUCACAAUAAUAAUUAUUAUGUAUACAAUUUUAACCGAAUAACAAAUCGAUUUCCUUUUAUUUUCAUAAAACAAAUUGUGUACAUUAUAUGAUAUUGGUUUUAUUUAAUAAUAAAAAAGUUUGCUCGACUUCUGCUACUGAAUAUCUUAUAAAGUUUGAAUAUCAAACAAAAUCGAGAAUUAUACAAACAAAUUAUAAUUUUUCAUUUUUAAAUAUUUAAAUUAUUUAUAUACAGAAAAAAGCAAAAAUAAAAUACAUAUAUAUAUAUAUAUAUAUGUAUACAGAGUGUACCAGAAAAAAUGUCAAAUUCUGUGGGAUAGUACUCUAUAUAGGUGCCCUUUAAAAUAGAUUUUUUUAAAAAUAUUUUGAAUGUCAAAAACCUUGGAUUUACUAGGUUUAUUUGUAAAUUAUCCAUACAAAAUAAACAUAAACCAUACUGGAGAAUUUCUUGCAAAAUUAAAAUAUUAUCGGCAAUAUUUAAUAGUAAUAGUUUAUAGCUAAUAAUAAUUAUUCUUAUUUUCGUUAGCUGUCCAAACCCAUACUCUAUAUUAUACUCUGUUUUACUAUUUACUUCUACAUAAUAUUAUCCUUAGUCACUAUCCUUUAAGUGCUACUCUCCAUUCCUUAAACCUAUUGCUAACUUCUUUCAGAUUUUCUCCUAUUAAAACUAUAUCAUCUGUAAACAUCAUGCAUCUCCUUUCCCUGGUUGUCCUUAAAAAAUAUCCGAAAUGGAUCUAUCCACCCAAGUCUUCCUUAGAACUUCUCAUACUGUUUGACACAAUUUUACGCCGCCUGUCGACCUAACGCAAAGCUAAUAAUAAUAAAUAAUUCUAAUAUUUAAUAAAAACUACUGAAUUUAUUUAUUUAUUAUUUUAGUUUCUCAGUGGAACGAGGAAUGUAUUGGUUUUACAAUAAUGUUUAUUAUUUAUUUUUUCUGUAAACAAAUUUUCUACCAGAAAUGUUUCCCAGGAAUUUUCAUAUUAAAUGGGAAAAAAACGUAGGAAAAAAAAGGAAAAUGUAGGAAAUGUAUUUUAUUAAUUUAUAAUCGUAUAAUAUCACGGCCUUUCAAAACAUGUUUAACCGAACUCCGCUCAGAAUCGUUACAGUGACCCACCCAUUGUAUGAAGUAUGCCCGUAUUUUUUAUUAUCAAAUUAGCCGUAUUUUUCUGAUAGAAUCAUUAAAUUGAUUCUACGAAGAUCGCAGAAAAAUGUACACACACAUUCAUGAAUCGAUUUUAGAUACGAUGAGUCAAAAAUAUCGGCGAUAAUGAUAAUUUUUUGGAAAAGUUGAGUGAGAAUCGAAAGUUCAAAAAUCGAAAGUUUUGACAUUACAAAAAAAUUUAAAAAAAUCCAUUCUGAAAGCCACAAUGCCACAUAUAAUAUAUAGAGAACCAUUCUGUAGUUGGUCAUUUGUUUCUGGUACACUCUGUAUAUAAAUUCUAUAUAUAUUAUUUUUGCGUAAGCUUAAAAACUGUAUAUACUUACCCGUUUAUAUACAUUUUAUUUUAAUAAUGGAGCGUCGUUAUAACAAAUGAAACAGAUAAAACUGAAUAAAAAGGGUUACGAUUUAAAAAUUAAGAGUUUGCGACGCCGAUUUUAUUUAAUUUAAAUAAACAGUGGAAAUUAAUAAUAUCCGUGAAUAGUUUAAUUUUUAUAGAAACUGAAUGCAGAACGAAUAAGUUAAAUGUUUAGCUUUAUACAUAUAAAUUGCUACAGUAUUUUAGUUUUAUCCGUAAAGUGUGUGAUUUUGUAUACAAUAAUACAAUAUAAUACAAUACAAUAUAAAUAAUACAAUACAAUAUAAAUAAUACAAUAUAAAUUGAUAAACAAAAAAUAUUUUAUCAAUAUAAAAUAUUAGAAAUUAAGAGAGCUCAUUUUAACUGAUCGAAAAUAUUUUUCUUUGCAUUCUGAAUGUAUUCUGUUACACAAAUUCCAAGAUUGGUUAUACGAUUGUAUACUAUAAUGACACACUAAAUAUCUGAAUAAGAGAAAUGAAAAUUUCAAAAUGAGGAGAGGGCUAACGAUACGAACAUUGUUUUUAGACUCUAAGUACAACGAGGAAUGUUGAUUUCGCUGUGAUGUGUUUCAUUUUUUCCGAUCAUCAAGUGUAACAUUUUUUCUAAAAUAAAAUGGUGUCUAUUGAGUGCACUGAGGUUUUUUUUGGAUUUACUUGUGGUUUUCUUAAUAAUUGGAAAAAAACGAAAACUUAGUUGUUUAAUUUUUGAUAAUUUCUGGGUUAUCGUUUUUUUUUCAAUAAUUUAUUGUUGAAUACAAUAUAUUUUAAACUAAUUAACUCCGUGUAUAGUAUCAUCUUAGGAAAUAUUAAAAUGCAAACAUCUGUACUUAUACACAAUAUUAUUUUUAUAAGACUUGGCUGUCAAAAAAAAAAAAUAAUAACAAUAAUAUCACUAUACUUCAAUUACUUGUACAAUAGAUUCUCAUAGGUUUUUGAAUAAUGAAAUAUGUUUAAUUUAAUAUAAAUGCAAAUACCUAAAGAUACCUACAUAUAAUAAUUAUUAUAUUCUUAUAAACAUUAUUCGUAUUAUAAUACGAAACCUUAGUAAAAAGUAGAAAAUACUUAAACCUUUAAAAUUAUAAUAUCAUUUCGCUCUGUGUACACUUCGAUUUCAUUUAUUAUUUUAGAUUCUAAGUGCACAGUGAAUAAGCUAUUAGUUUAACAAUAACAAAGAGUGUUUUUCUCGGAAAACACUCUUUGGUCAGUAAAAAUUCUCCGAUUCUGUUGGGUCAUAUCUUAAAAGAAACGAAUUUUUGACCGGGUGAUACUUUAUUUGAAAUUUCUAAUACGUUUUCCAAAAUUACUUUAUAUGUUGUUUAAUACUUUUUGGUUGUCUAUCUACUUUUUUUUAUACAGUAUCUUUAAUGAUGAGGAAUUUCCACCCGAUUUACAUGUUUUGAAACAUUUAUUAGAGUUUUCGAUAGUUCGCUCCCUAAAUAUUUUUUGGUUGAUUUCUGGGUUACUUUGGUUAUGAUGCAAAAAUCACGAGUAAUAUAGAAACUACUAUAAUACUACUCCGCUCAGAAUCGUUUGUUUUGUUUUUAUAUAUGAAUAAAUUAUAGCCUGUGGAUAUAUUUGUUAUCCUUAAUCGCAACGUUUCACUAAUCCGGUCAAUUAUGCAGCUCACUAAACGUUAAUAUUUUAUACAAAUUAAAAUUUUUAAACACGUACAUAUAUGCGAGUACAUGUUGUUAUUAUAUUUUAUGUUCUUGUACUUUAUCUGUUACGGGUUUUUUUUUUAUCUGUUAGAAAACGUAGUAUAAAAAAACUAAUGCAUUUUUAUUUUAUUGUUUAACAAAACUAAAAAUUAAACAUAAUUAUUCAAUGAAUAUACAAUUUACAAUUGCUUUUACAAUAUCAUAAAUUAGUAACCAAUAUUUUAGAUUUUGAGGGAAAUGAGGAAUAAAGAUAGUCGUUUUUUGAUUUAGGCUUCUAAAUAAUUAUUAGGAAAAAACGGGGAAAACGUAAGAAAAAUGGGAAAGUCUCCAUAAACUUAAACAAGGGAAUAAUAAUUUCAUUAUUUUCAAUUUAAUGACAUAGCUAGGAUAUUCCUUUAGGGUGGGACUAAUUUUUUUUUAACGCAGAGAUAGUUUAACCAGGAUCUCUCUUAAGUUAAGAAUGCUGAUGCAUAGAUUUUAUUUUAUAUUUUUGUUCCUGUACAGGUAUAUCAAUUUGAGUAAUUUAGACUUUUAUAGUAAUUUGCAAAUUUUGAAAAAUAAGUUUACAAAUUAUUCCAAACUAUUAUUUUAUAAAAUAUUGGCACCGGUCCGAAAUAGAUCAAACGAUGUGGGAUACUACGUGAAGUUAACCUCCAUCCAAUUUUAAAAUGAUUCUAACAAUUUAAUUUUAAAUUCAUAACCCUAAAAUAAAAUGUUUUAAAAUUAUUUGCAAUAUAUUGGCACAAGUUUAACACCGAUCGGACAAUGUGAGGGGACAAGUUGGACAACUUCACGGAAAUGUCGAAAUUAUAUUUCUCGUUUUGUUUAAAAUGAUCAGUUAAUUUGUUAUGUUAUUAACAAUAUUGCUGCAAAAUUUGGACCAUAUUUCUUUCAAUUAAUCCAGUUGAUGUAGUGAUAAAUGAUAAGAAUUCUAGAAAUAGAUUUUAAUUUAGCAUGAAGUGCACACAAGAUCGAUCAAGUUUUAAAAUCAAAUUAACUAACCAUAGGGUCUAAAAUUCGAAAAAGUGGGUCAGUCAAUCCCAUAUAAAUUGUAAUAUUGAUGUAUACUUUACGCUAAAUUAAAUUUGUUUUUUAUCACUUCACUACAUCGAUUGGUCGGAUUGGAGGAAAAUUAGUUUAAAUUAUCAUGCUGUGUACGGAUUAGAGUUUAUCUAACACGUCUAACAGAUAUAGACCAAGAAAUAAAAUAUAGGUAUCCUAUUUCCUUAUAAAGUGAAUAUUUAAAAAAAAAUCUAUAUCAUAGUUUUUGUAGAUAUGACAUUUGCGAGAAAGGAUAAAAAAGAUGAUUUUACAAAGAUGUUUUUUUUUUUUUUCUGUGGACAACUUUUCUACCAGCAAUUUUGCUCUGAUUUACAAUGAUAGCACUUUUUCUAAAAGAAAAUUUAACUGAGGAGGUACUUUACAAAGGUAAUUUUUCGAUUUUCCUAUAAGUUUUCUCAAGAAAUAGGAAAAACCGGGACAAAACAUGUAAAAAUCGGGAAAAUCAUAGGAAAAAUGGGAAAAUCGGAUCAAUAUUAAACAAAUAUAAUUCAAAAAAUUAUAUAAUGCCUAUUCAAUUUGUUUACCAUAAUAUGAAUGAUAUAUUGUUGACAAAACAUCAUUAUAAACUAAACUCCGCUCAGAAUCGUUUUUUCGUUAGCACUGGCUUAUCGUUGCUUACAAAUGUACAUUAAAUUCCCUUCUGUAUUUUAUCUUCCCAACUUCCCACCUAAAUCUGUAGCUGCACCCGUCUCCAUUAUCCUAGCACAGCUUUUUUAUUAUUUGUAUUAACUUUAUAGAAAAUUGUAUAAUGAACAACCAAAAAUACCUCUGAAACCAUAAUAAAUACUUUCAUAUUUGAUUUGGUAAACCAUUUUUGUUUUAGGCUUGUUAGAUCCUGAAUAAAAUUUAAAAUACGAAAACACAUUUUUCUUCUCUGUUGCCCGUUAAAUAGACAGAGACAGCAAAUGUUACUGUACUCAUAAUCCAAUAUUGUUUCGAAUUAUUAUAUUCUCUGAAAAUAUCGAUAUACAUAAUAUUAUCGAAUAUUGCAGACCCUAUAAUAUUAUACAUGUUACUGUUUAUUAUUUAUGAGUACCUAUUUAAAGUUUGUAGGGUGUAUAUAGUAACGGGUACAACAUAGCGUGCAGUGAAAUUUCGUGAGUUCUAUAAUUAUUUCUUCAAUUAUGCCUAUAUCCGCACCUCUUAUACCUUAUAGACUUUGAAAAUAAUAUGGUCACAUAAAUAAAUAAAAAACAUAAUUUAGACUAUUGACUCAAUAUUCGAUAUGUAUUAUUUAUGUAUAUUAUUUUUAUAAUAUAAUUUUAUUUUAGAAAUGUCUAAUGAGGCAGGGGUGGCCCAAACAAAACAAAUCCAAAGCAUACAUGUCUGUUAAAACAUAACUAUACAAUAUAUUUCUAACGUACAUUAACCAGUUUAAAAUAAUAUCGUAAUUAAUAACCAAAAUAUAUGUGUUUGACAGAAACAUAACAUUUAAUUUAGGUAUUAUUUAAUUAAUUCAAUAAAACGAAUUAUAAUAUAAUAUAAAUUAUAGUAAAAGUAAAGUUAUAACAGCUGAAAUACGCCUAGAUUGUUUACUUGCAUACAAAUCAACUAGGUGGGUGCUUUUUCAACUUUUAUUAUGAUUUCUGGGUUUAUAAAGUAUAAACGGUAAAACCGACCAUACAUCAUAGUGAUCCGAUUUCGAUGAUUAUUUUUUUUGUUGGAAAGACGCAGACGUUUUACAGCUCGCAUUGAACUCCUUUUUCCAAUGUUUUCAUCACAAAUUCUAUAAUGUAAUGGCUAUACAAAUGGUAAACCUGUAACUUUAUUAUACCGUUAUUCGAAAUCAAACGAAAAAUCAAAGUUCAACGCGAGCAGUAGAACAUUGUUGUUUUUUGAAUUUAAAGAAAAUUGUAGACAAAUAUUAUGUUGACAAUGACGAGUUAUCCCCAUUCCCGCAGUCGUUUUGUCCGAAAAAAACAGUCGUAAUAACAUCGUUAGUUGUUUGCGAUGAUGUCAUGUUUGUGCACGUUCAUAAUAUAAAACCCCCGUGCAACACGUCUAAUCCGACAACCGCCGUCGUCGUUUUACGGCGACCACCGAAUAGCAGAUAAGGAUUUUAUUUUUAGAACGCCUGGUUUACUUUGUCGUAUGUUAUUAUAAUAAUAAUACAAAUACCAAUAACAAUAAUUUUAUAAUAGCAAUGUAAUAUUAUACUAUUGUUUAUUAAUUAUUUUCAUCAUUUUUAAAAAUAUAAAUUUUAUUACCUAUCUUUUUUUCUAUAUGUUGUCAAAUCGUGAAAAGUAAUAAGUGAAUAUACCAGUACACAAACAGCUUUUAACAUAUUGUCUAAGGAUCUAUUAUUAGGUAUUUCUUUUAACAAAUAAUGUUAUUAUGUAUACAAAUAUCAUUCAUAAAUAUUCAUUAGAGUUUUGAUUUUAUUUUUUCAAAAUUAAGUAUGACGUCCAGUUUUCCCAACAAAAAUAUUUGAACAGGUUUAUUUUUAAUCGUAUUAUAUAUAAGGUGCAAAUCAAUUCUCAAUUGAGUAAACUUCGGAAGUUUGGAAGGUAGGACACAUAAAGUUAUUUAACUUAUAUCUGUGAGCACCAGUAAACCGAAAUUGUUAACAAAUUUCGUUUAUACACAUUUUUAAACGUCGUUAACGAUUUUCGUGAAAAUGUAAUCAAUGAUAAUCAUUGAUAACGAAAAACGAUUUUGAAUGGAAUUCGGUUUUACGCAUUUUGAAAGUCCAUAAUAUUUACGAUUUUAAAAUAAUACAUUCCGUACAUUUUCCCGUUUUGCCUAAACUUUUCCCGGGUUUUCCCAUUUAUUUCAAAAACUCUUGGGAAAAUCAAAUGACCUCUCCAUAAAGUACCACCUCAGUAUCGGUACUAAAUAAUCUGUAUUUCCUAUAGGUAUAUUUACCAUUUUUAUGAAACUAUUUCAGAAUGUCGCUUAUAAAUUUAUUUAUUUAUUUAUCGUAUUAAUAUAAUUAACUAAUAAUUUUAUUUUUGUUACUGGUCACAUGUGGAGCGGUUCAGCUGCAUGUUAGCGAUCGCGCCAUCGUAGUCCGAAAGACGGCAGGUGGAUAUGUAUAUGUACAUGUGUCAAUGGUUUAAUUAAAACCGCUAUCAAACUGACUUAACAUGACUAUUAUCGCAAUUUAUACGCUUUUAGUUUUUGAGUAAUACCGAAAGAACCAGGAGGGGUGGGAGGUCGGUCUAAACUUUUGAAGAAACUUUUGAAAUCGCAACCGCGUGCUGUUUGACCGCUUCCUAUGGCGAGUGUAAACAAUUAAUCCCAACGAUAAUACUCGUAUACAAUACUAUUAAAGUAACCACUCGAACAAAUAAAAAUUUAUUAAGUUUUGAAUAAACCUGUAUUAUUCGAUGAAAUAUACGAUUUCAUUAAUAUAAUUUUUUUUCAGAUGCUCAGAAUCGUUUUUUGUUAGCAAUGAUUUAAAAUUUAAAUUAAAUUACUCCCUAAAUUUUUUCAUCCUACUUCUCUCCUUGUAAUAAGAACAUACCUAACAGCAAUAUCAGUUUAAAAAAAAUAAUUAAAUUAACUCAACCAUAUAUCGCUUUUUAUUUUAAUAAAUGUACGCAUUAUAAAAUAAUUCGCUGCAAAUAUUAUUUUGAUUUUUUUAGUUCUGUUGUAGCCCACUUAAAGAGACAACUGAGACAAGCAGCACAAACUUAUACCGGUUAGAGAGGAGUUUUUUUUUUAUUAAUAUUCAAUUAUACCGAAAACAAAUAAACGCGAAACAAAAAUAGCAAAACUAAGGAGCUGAUACUGUUCACUGCCCCUAUUGUAGGUGAGAAGCUGAUUAGUUAGGAUAUAGAAAAUCAAUUAUUUAAGACCUGUAAGUCGAUAAACCAUUGCUAACGGAAUACGAUUCUGAGCGAAGUUUAGUUAUACAUAUUUUAUAACUUUAUUAAACAUUUUAUAAAUAGAUGGAGUAUUUGUUGAAUAAAAUGUUGCUGUCAAAAUAUUUAACUUCCAUUGACAAGAUAUUCUACUUUUAAAUACAUUUUGGUGCUGACAUUUCAGGUUUUCGUCAACUUGAUAACUUGAUUUAAGUUUUGAUGAGGGGAGAGUCAUGGUGCAUCAUUUGUACGACCUCAAGGCAUUUUAACAGUGUUCAACCAUUCUCCCCCCCUCUCUGAAACUUAAAAGUGGAAUAUCCUGUUAUCAAGUUGACGAAAACCUGAAAUGUCAGCACCAAAAUGUAUUUAAACUAAUAUACCAUCUAUUUAUGUAAUUUUUAAUAUGGGUUGCCAUAUAUGUUUAAUCUAAGUUAUUAAUAUAGGAUUUGGAAAUCAAAAGUAAGUAGUGGUUACACCCCUUAAAAUAAGGACGACAAAAAAAAAACCCAUUAUGUGACAUUUUAGAGAUGCUUAUUUUUGAAAUGAACUAAAAAAUUAUUCUGGAAAAAAUUAAUACUUUCCGAGAUAAUAAAUGUCUUUCGUUAUAUCUAUCACUCUGUAUACCUAUAACUACAACACCCCCAGAUCGAAACCGCACUAAUUGCGUAUUUUCGUCGAUUUCUUCUCCCCUUUAUCACCUGCCACGAACGCCGAAUAAUGUUAUAAUAUUCGUAUACUUUGUAUUAUUAUUCUUGCAGCAGGUGCCCGGACAUAGGGACAACGACGAAAAUCCAAAAAAUGUCUCGGUUCAACCCUCUAAUGACGGUGCUGAUGAGUUCUCGGCCUCAACAUGACCGACCGAACGGUAAAAUCCGCGUAUAUCGCGAAGUCUUCAUAUAAUAUAUAUUUUUUUAUUAACAUUUUCUCAAUAUUAUAAAUUAAUUAUCACUUCAUGGAGCAGCAGGCAUGAACAACUUAGUCAAAAAUUAUAAAACAAAUUAAAAAUUCUAUAUUUUAAACAUGAUUAUAAAUUAUUUUUUUCGUUAACUAAUUAACUUGGUUAGGUAGUUUAAAACUUUUUAUAGUUAAUUUCCAUAGGUGUCCAGUUAGGAUAACUAGUUCAGGACGUAUACAUUUUUUCGAAUUUCAAUUUCAAUUGGCUGUUCUCGGUACUGUGAUUUAUGCAUUUAUUAUGAUAUUUUGAUUUAGUUUAUUUUUGAAUAAAUUUAAAUUAUAUAAAUAUAUAUUACUUUAAAUAUUGUUUUUUUGUAGCAAAAAAAAAAAAACUCAAACUGAACUUUUUAUUUGCGUAUUUUUAAUUUCACCGGUUCAAUUUUGUUAAUUUAUAUCUUUUUAUUUAUUCGACGUAACUUAUUCAAGUUGAUAAUUUUCAUUUACUCUUCCAUCUUAGUAUUACGUCAUAAUAUAGACAUUUGUUCAAAUUUUCAGAAAUUUUAAUUACUUAGGAAAUUUCUAAAAUUAAACAAAUUAAAUAACAUACAGUUUUAGACGAGAAUUAUAUUUCUUAAACAUUUUUCCGUGAGAUAUUGUCCAAUAAUCGAUAAAAAAAAACCUCUCCCAUCUACAAUUCUUACUCUUUCCUAUUAUAUGAGUAAAAUGUUCGCUGAUCAUUGUUAUUUGUUAAGGUAAUACUGCUACAGAAGACGAUAGCGGUCGGACCGGUAGAACUCCACUGACCAAUUAUCGGACUGUGGUCCUGGAACUUCCCGAACAUUUGCUGUACAAACCGCAUAAGAAGUCAUCGGCUCCUUUGACGCGAGGACCGGUAGCCCGCAAGUGCAGAGUGCCCGACCCGGAAAAAUUAAAAAUCAAUCUUAGAUGGUAAAAGUGUCAAUCGUAUUAGUAUUAUAUUAUCAAGAUAAUAUGAUAUGUUAACGUGUUGUAUAGUGUAGUAAUUAUAGUUUAAGACGAC